AUGUUGACACUUUUGGGGAUGUUUAAUAAGGAAUACGAACAUCAGAAAGACGGUGAUGUAAUCGACAGGGGGAUGUUUCAGAAACAUGGAACAUCUAACAGAAAUCAGAAUUUCGAUCCCAACACAACAUACGAAAGAGCAUUGGCGUGCAACACUAAAGAUGAAGCAUUGCAGGUUAUUAGAGAUGAACAACCCAGAGACUUUCUGUUACAGCAUCACAACAUCAACUACAACCUGGAUAGAGUCUAUGAAAUCCCUACAGCUCCAUGGGUAAGUCCAUUCCCGUUAUCAAGCUUCACUAAUGUACCAGAAGACCUGCAAGAAUGGGCAGAUUCAUACUUUGGUCUACAAGCCGCUGCGCGGCCGAUGAGACCAAAGUCAACAAUCAUAAAAGGUAAUUCCAGGACAAGCAAAACAAUGUGGGCAAGAUCUUUGGGAAGACAUAACUACAUAUGUGGUCAUAUGGACCACAACAAAAAAGUCUUCUCAAACAACGCUGACUACAACAUCAUCGAUGACAUACCACCACAAUACUUCAUGCACUGGAAAGAGUUUAUUGGAGCUCAACGAAAUUGGCAGUCUUACUGCAAAUACGGCAAGCCAAGUCUUUUCAAAGGAGGCAUACCAACAAUCAUGCUAUGCAACCCAGGAGUGGGUUUUCAUAUUGGGAUCACUUGA